GGGCCCGCAGCUUCCGCGGCUGAGAGGAGCCGGCGGCGGCAGUGUCUGUGGUGGCCGCGGCGGCGAGAGCGACGGUCCCAUCCUACCCACCUUCUCCGUUGCCGCUGGCCACACGCCCUCCGCUGGCGGCGACUUCCCAGCUCCGUACGCCGGGGCUGGACAGUGAACCUCGAGAGGAGACGCGGGCGGCCAGAGCCGGAGUGGGGCGAGCCGCGGAACCCGGCCGGGAGCCGCGUGAGGCGUGAUCGGAGGGUAUGGUUGGCAUGGAAUUGAAUUUCAUCUGUCUGUGGGAAUUGUAAGCAAGAUUGCCAUCACGAAAGCCAAAGUGGAUUUCUCCAGUGUGGUGUGCCUGCCCCCUUCCGUCAUUGCUGUGAAUGGACUGGACGGAGGAGGGGCCGGCGAAAAUGAUGAUGAACCAGUGCUCGUGUCCCUAUCUGCGGCACCCAGUCCCCAGAGCGAAGCUGUUGCCAAUGAACUGCAGGAGCUCUCCUUGCAGCCCGAGCUGACGCUAGGCCUCCACCCUGGCAGGAAUCCCAAUUUGCCUCCACUUAGUGAGCGGAAGAAUGUGCUACAGUUGAAACUCCAGCAGCGCCGGACCCGGGAAGAACUGGUGAGCCAAGGGAUCAUGCCGCCUUUGAAAAGUCCAGCUGCAUUUCAUGAGCAGAGAAGGAGCUUGGAGCGGGCAAGGACAGAGGACUAUCUCAAACGGAAGAUUCGUUCCCGCCCAGAGAGAUCGGAGCUGGUCAGGAUGCACAUUUUGGAAGAAACCUCAGCUGAGCCGUCCCUCCAGGCCAAGCAGCUGAAGCUGAAGAGAGCCAGACUAGCCGAUGACCUCAAUGAGAAGAUUGCACAGAGGCCUGGCCCCAUGGAGCUGGUGGAGAAGAACAUCCUUCCUGUGGAGUCCAGCCUGAAGGAAGCCAUCAUUGUGGGCCAGGUGAACUAUCCCAAAGUCGCAGACAGCUCUUCCUUCGAUGAGGACAGCAGCGAUGCCUUAUCCCCUGAGCAGCCUGCCAGCCAUGAGUCCCAGGGUUCUGUGCCGUCACCCCUGGAGGCCCGAGUCAGCGAACCACUGCCCAGUGCCACCUCUGCAUCCCCUACCCAGGUUGUGUCUCAACUUCCGAUGGGCCCGGAUUCUGGAGAAAUGCUUUUCCUGGCAGAGCAGCCUCCUCUGCCUCCCCCACCUCUGCUGCCUCCCAGCCUCACCAAUGGAACCACUGUCGCCACUGCCAAGCCCACCCCCACGCUCAUUAAGCAAAGCCAACCCAAGUCUGCCAGUGAGAAGUCACAGCGCAGCAAGAAGGCCAAGGAGCUGAAGCCAAAGGUGAAGAAGCUCAAGUACCACCAGUACAUCCCCCCGGACCAGAAGCAGGACAGGGGGGCACCCCCCAUGGACUCAUCCUAUGCCAAGAUCCUGCAGCAGCAGCAGCUCUUCCUCCAGCUGCAGAUUCUCAACCAGCAGCAGCAGCAGCACCACAACUACCAGGCCAUCCUGCCUGCCCCGCCAAAGUCAGCAGGUGAGGCCCUGGGAAGCAGCGGCAACCCCCCAGUACGCAGCCUCUCCACUACCAAUAGCAGCUCCAGCUCAGGUGCCCCUGGGCCCUGUGGGCUGGCACGUCAGAACAGCACCUCACUGACUGGCAAGCCGGGAGCCCUGCCAGCCAACCUGGACGACAUGAAGGUGGCAGAGCUGAAGCAGGAGCUGAAGUUGCGAUCACUGCCCGUCUCAGGCACCAAAACUGAGCUGAUUGAGCGCCUUCGAGCCUACCAAGACCAAAUCGGCCCUGUCCCAGGAGCCCCCAAGGCCCCUGCCACCACCUCUAUCCUGCACAAGGCUGGCGAAGUGGUGGUAGCCUUCCCGGCAGCCCGGCUGAGCACAGGGCCAGCUCUGGUGGCAGCAGGCCUGGCCCCAACUGAGGUGGUGGUGGCCACGGUGACCAGCAAUGGAGUGGUGAAAUUUGGCAGCACGGGCUCUACACCGCCUGUGUCUCCUACGCCCUCAGAGCGCUCACUGCUCAGCACCGGCGAUGAAAACUCCACCCCCGGGGACACCUUUGGUGAGAUGGUGACGUCUCCCCUGACGCAGCUGACCCUGCAGGCCUCGCCACUACAGAUCCUCGUGAAGGAGGAGGGCCCCCGGGCCGGGUCCUGUUGCCUGAGCCCUGGGGGGCGGGCAGAGCUAGAGGGGCGCGACAAGGACCAGAUGCUGCAGGAGAAAGACAAGCAGAUCGAGGAGCUGACGCGCAUGCUCCGGCAGAAGCAGCAGUUGGUGGAGCGGCUCAGGCUGCAGCUGGAGCAGGAAAAGCGAGCCCAGCAGCCCGCCCCAACCCCUGUCCCCACCCCUGCCCCUCUCGGCACCCCAGUGAAGCAGGAGAACAGCUUCUCCAGCUGCCAACUGAGCCGACAGCCCUUGGGCCCUGCUCACCCAUUCAGCCCCAGCCUGGCGGCCCCAACCACCAACCAUGUAGACCCUUGUGCUGCGGCCCCGGGGCCCCCGUCCGUGGUGGUGAAGCAGGAAGCUGUGCAGCCUGAGCCCGAGCCGGUCCCCGCCUCCCAGCUGCUUCUGGGUCCUCAGGGCCCUGGCCUCAUCAAGGGGGUUGCACCUCCCACCCUCAUCACUGACUCCACAGGGACCCACCUUGUCCUCACCGUGACCAAUAAGAAUGCAGACAGCCCUGGCCUGUCCAGUGGAAGCCCCCAGCAGCCCUCAUCCCAGCCUGGCUCUCCAGUGCCUGCCGCCUCUGCCCAGAUGGACCUAGAGCACCCAUUGCAGCCCCUCUUUGGGACCCCCACUUCUCUGCUGAAGAAGGAACCACCUGGCUAUGAGGAAGCCAUGAGCCAGCAGCCCAAACAGCAGGAAAAUGGUUCCUCAAGCCAGCAGAUGGACGACCUGUUUGACAUUCUCAUUCAGAGCGGAGAAAUUUCAGCAGAUUUCAAGGAGCCGCCAUCCCUGCCAGGGAAGGAGAAGCCAUCCCCGAAGACAGCCUGUGGGUCCCCCGUGGCAGCACAGCCAUCACCCUCUGCUGAGCUCCCCCAGGCUGCCCCACCUCCGCCGGGCUCACCCUCCCUCCCUGGGCGCCUGGAGGACUUCCUGGAGAGCAGCACGGGGCUGCCCCUGCUGACCAGUGGGCAUGAGGGGCCAGAGCCCCUUUCCCUCAUUGACGACCUCCAUAGCCAGAUGCUGAGCAGCACUGCCAUCCUGGACCACCCCCCGUCACCCAUGGACACCUCGGAAUUGCACUUUGCUCCUGAGCCCAGCAGCACCAUGGGCCUGGACCUGGCUGAUGGCCACCUGGACAGCAUGGACUGGCUGGAGCUGUCGUCAGGUGGUCCUGUGCUGAGCCUGGCCCCCCUCAGCACCACAGCCCCCAGCCUCUUCUCCACAGACUUCCUUGAUGGCCAUGAUUUGCAGCUGCACUGGGAUUCUUGCUUGUAGCUCUCUGGCUCGAGACUGGGGGUGGGGAAGGGGCUGGGAGCCAGGGUACUCCAGUGCGUGGCUCUCCUGCGUGAUUCGGCCUCUCCACAUGGUUGUGAGUCUUGACAAUCACAGCCCCUGCUUUUUCCCUUCCCUGGAGGCUAGAACAGAGAAGCCCCUACUCCUGGUUCGGGCCCACCCAGGGCAGAGGAGAGCAGCUGUCAAGCAGCAGCCCUGGCUCUCACGCUGGGGUUUUGGACACCCAGUCAGGGCCAGGGCCAUUUCAGCUUGACCUCCUUUUUUGAGGUCAGGGGCACUGUCUGGCUACAGUUUGGCUAAGGCAGGUGAAGCCCAGCCAAAGCCCAGCCAGGAGGCUUCUCUUCUGACCCAGGGCUGAGACAUACCAGGGGGUGAAUCUCCUUUUCGCUCCCUGCUUUGCUGUGAAGGGAUAAAUUAGCCUGGGCUUCUACCCCUAGUCCCUGUGUCUGCCAACCCCAGGGCUUCCUGGGAUGGGGCUCCCUGCCAUUUUAGUGUCUUGGUGUAGUGUAACCAUUUAGUGGUUGGUGGCAACAAUUUUCUGUACAGGUGUAUAUACCUCUAUAUUAUAUAUCGACAUACAUAUAGACAUAUAUUUUUGGGGGGGGGGGGGGGACAGGAGAUGGGUGCAACUCCCUCCCAUCCUACUCUCCCAGAAGGGCCUGGAAGGCCACGGCUCCUAGGGACUGGAUGCAAGGUUACCCUUGAGCUAUGUGCCACCGUCUGGUGCCCAGUCUGGCAUGCGGCUACCCAGGCCCACCCAUCACGUGUGAUUGACAUGUAGACACCCUGCCACGGCCUGUGCCCCACCUGCCCUGCUUCCUGGUUCCUUAUCAGUGCCACGAGGGCAGAGGUGCUACCUGGCCUUCCUGCCAGGAGCUCUCCACCCACUCACAUUCCGUCCCCGCCGCCUCACUGCAGCCAGCGUGACCCUAGGACAGGAGGCAGUUGGGCCCAGCUUCACCCUGCUGUGGGGCUGAGAGAUGGCCAUGAGGUUGUGGCUGUCUCCUGCCCUGGGGCCACUGGCUUCACACUCUGGCCUGAUUCAUAGGGGAGUAGGGGUGGAGUCACCAAAACCAGUGCUGGGAUAAAGAUGGGGAAGGUGUGUGAACUUUUUAAAAUAAAAACAAAAACACAGG